AUGGCGCGCAGGCGCAGUGCGCGCGGCCGGAAGGCCCCGGUUGCCGUGGCAACGGCGUCGGCCCCGCGGCGCGGCGGAGCCGGAGCGGGGCCGGGGAUCCGGCGGGCCCCCGGCCCAGCCCGGCCGCCCAUGCCGCGCACAGCGCUGCGCUGCGUCCUGCAGCUGGACGUCCGCUCGAUAACUUGUCCCGGAGUGCUGCUGAAAGACAAAGAGGAACUUUAUCUCAGUGUCUCUGUAUUUGGGCAGUACAAAAAAACUCAAUGCGUCCCUGCAGUGUUUCCACUCCUCUUUCAAGAAAAACUAGUAUUUGAAAAGGCAUUUGCUGAUAUAGUUGAUCCUGGAGACCUUGUGGAGUUACUGGAAUAUGACACAGCAGUACUUGAACUAAUACAGCUUGUUCCUCCAGUAGGGAAAAUUCUAGCUACGUAUGAAGAAAAUACAAGAGAUUUCCUGUUCCCUGACCCUAAGCUUACCCAUGGGCACCACGGUUUAGAUCGUGAGAUUUUAAUGAAGAGGUCCUCUUCUUUUACAGGAAUUGCACCAAAAUUGAGAUUUUCUACAAGCUCCCUUAUUACGCAAAGUCUGUUAAGCCCAGGAAGGAGUCACAUACAGGGUGAUUUGAAUUGGGUACAUCGCUCAACCCCAAAUGGAAAACUGCAAACAAAGUUACCAAAGAAAAACACUCUUUCACCUGAGAAAAGCAGGCACAGCUUAGCAACAAAGAACUACGAGCAGCCUACAAUAGCUUCUAAAUCACGUUCUCCAUCUCCAUACACAAAAAGACGAAUGUGUGAGCUAUCAGAAGAAGCCAGGCAACGACUGGCCCAUUUAAACCUUGGUCCUUAUGAAUUCAGAAGAGAAACCGAUAAACCUCCAUUUGUAGUUAGACGGGUUGAACAACCAAGUCCUGGUAUUAAACUUCAUACCUGGUGUCCCAUGCAAGAAAGCGCAGCUGAACCCUGGACCAGGAUAGACCAUGAUCCUUCUCUUCUUGGCAGCUACAGACCCAAGAAAGCCAAAGCAAAAUCUCCUCAUGGAAAAGAUUGUGGCAGUUCUGGUAUUUGGAAUGAGGCUGUGAUCUCAGAUCCACCCAACAGACAGUCCCAUUCUGCAUGUUCGUUAGAGCAUUCAGCACCUCCAGCAUUUCAGAAGCACUCUCCAAGUUCUGUGCUAAAUCGAUCUUCUCUAAGGGAAAGAUUUAGCUCUGGUUGGCCUUCAUCAGCAAAUGGAGAUGAGAUCCAUAAAAGAGUGAAAAAUAUUUUAAGGACGCACAGUGCUAGACAGCGCCUAAUAUUCGAUGAGAGUAACUCGUCAAAAGGAGACUUGACUAAGACAAGAGAAUCUUCACAUAAAGCACCCUUAUCCAUGAGGGAACUGCAGAGCAGUUUACCAGUGCAGCAGAACACUACUGGGCACUUGGAUAAUGGUGAAUAUUGGUCUAGUCGUGCAGCUGUAUACAAAGGGAAGCCUCACAGAGUGAUCUUUGAAGAAAGUCUUGAGAAAAUCUACAGAAACAUGUACCAAAAAGCUUCUGGCACUGUUUCAGGCCAAAACCCACACUCCUGAUAGCAAUUGACCUGGAAAUGCACAGUACACAGUGUUCAUAUUUGUAAUGAAAACUAUUUUUAUGUAACCAGUGUUUGUACUGUAUUUUUAAGGUACAGUUAUGGUUGGGCAGGGUUUUGGAGAAAUGGGGGUUUGUCCUGGGUUGCCAAAAGGAAACUCUUAACAUUCCCCCUUUUCCCCACCCCACAAAAAAACACCAAAACCAACCAAACAAAAAAACCCAACCAAACAAAAAAAACCACAAACAAAAACAAAACCAAAAAACCAACAGCAACUAACUCCUCUGGUUCAGCAAGAGGGUGUUGCUCCUUUGAGACUAUGAAAAUAUAGUCUUUUGAAGACUAGUAGGUCUGCUGGACAUUCCUGUCUGACGUUAGACUCAGGUUUCAGCUGCAGCCAAUUCUUACUAAAUAAUUAAAGCUAUUUAGUAACUUAGAAUUGGUUGAAGAAGCAAUAUGUCCUAGUGUUCAGAGCGGGGGUGUAAAGAGGAAGGUGAAUGUGAGUGUUGAUUUAAAAGUGUCCCAUCUGGGACAAAGGGAAUUGUUUUCUAGAAAAUUGCCUUUGGAUUGUUUAUUUUUGAGAAGGGCAGAAACUGAUACUGACCUAUAGAUGUGCUUUCAAAGUAGUUUCAAGCACCUUUAGUCACAAUUUUUCUAAUACUGUCAAAUUUUAAAAGAAACCCACCCAGCCCAGCAGCCUUUGUAUCGGAAGAAAGGUUAUCUUCACACACUGUGCAUUUGAAUGUUUCCAGGUUCUCUUGAAUGCAGUCAUGACAUUUGCCAAUACACUUGUAAUUUUAAAAAAUAUGAAUAAGAAAAGAGUGUGGAGGGGGAAAGACUGGAGCUAGUCAGCAAGCUCCUCAUAUACCCUGUACAGGCCUUCUGAAGUUCCUGCAUCACAAUCCCACCUAAUUUGGAGCCUGUCCUUCCCAGUCUGCUGGGAUCCUGUUGGCAGAAACCGCAUCGCUUUUGCUAAAGGCCACCAAAUGUUCAUCAGCAGUUCGAUGCUUUCCCUGGGGAUGGAACCUUUUCAGCCUUGCAUUGAGCAGAUCCCACAUUAGCAGACCAGGGCAAAUUGCCCAUCUAUUGAAAAACGGAAUGUUUUAAAAGGGCAAGAGUGUCCAUCUCUUGCUUCCUUUCAGAAUGGGGGGAAAAAGCAAAUGCCUGUUCUGGCUCCUUCCCUGACUGAGCGAGCAGAUUCAGUUACACCAGUGCCAUUUUACCUGUUAUGGUUGGAUAAAGGAUAAAGCCAGCAGUACAGAUGGCAGAACAUAUGACUGUAACCUGCCAGCAUGCCUAGAUAAACAAAAAGUUGGUCUACUCUGCCUUCCAUCCUUUAAUGCUGAGACAACAUAAUUGAUUUGAGAAAGCAGUUGGUGAGCAAUUAUGCUAGUGGGAAAGCACGUUGAAAGGCUGUGUGCUUCUGUUUCAGGAAAGGGGGCUCUCGGAGGAAGUGUCUUGCAUAUAGACAUUUCUAUUCCUUGUAACUGUGAAACCAGUUGAAGUGGAUUAACACUGAUAACUUCCUGUCCCUGAUGCCACUUAGCACAUUAGUGCUUUCAAAGGGCAUUAGUUGCACAAGCCUUAUGCUGUGGGUAAGUGUUGAGUCACUCUGUGAAGUAGUAGUACACUAUUUUUGCAGAAGUGAAAAGUAAAAUUUACCCAAGCUUUGCCGCUGAAGGGCCAUGGAGUAUUGUGCUACUAGGACCUGGUAUUCAUUCAUUAGCCUGCGUCUGUGACCCCAUAUUGGUCCGUAAAGGAAUCGUUUCCUUUUCCUUUCUGUUCGGGAAAGUGGAUGUAUUCAAAUGGAUCCUAAACAGGCAGGGCACGUUCUGAGACAGACUUUCCAAGCUUUUGGUUUAAAAUGAAUCUACUGCAAUCUGAAGGUUGGUGCAGUUUCCUGUGUGUGUUUGAGCCAUAAGAUUUAGUGUUCUUCUUAUGGUAUCCCACAGCUUUCAUUCAGUAUUCUCUGUGUUUUCCCUCACCAGCGUCAUAGCGUAGUAAAAGUUACGGUCUUCUGAAGGCUGGCUGCUCCCCUUUGGUCUAAUCUGGUUCUGUGACAUAGAGAUACUGUUCAAUUUUUCUCUCCCCAGCAAUCCAGGAGAUCUUAGUCCCUGUUUGUUCGAUGCAUAGGAAGGCUGAAUGCUGAGGCUUUGGGGAUUUUUGAAUGGAUGAGUAAGGACACAAGUUGCCAUGACUUCCAGACGCAGAGGGGAUGAGGAAGGUUGGAGGCCCCUGUGAAAAAGCAGGGUAAUGUUUUCGGGUGGUCUAGAGGAGUGGCUGGGGUAUAGCUGUUUAAUUCCCCUAGCUAAUGGUAGUAUGGCAACCUUCAGGUUUUCAUCAAAGAUUAAAAAUUUUUCAUCAAAGGUGAAAACCGGACGGGAGGAAAAAAAAGUGUCAUCUAUUGAAUUUUGACUGGUAUGAAUAUUCUCAGUGUAGCUUUCGUAUGCAGCCUAACAAGAAAUGAAGCACAGUCUCUGUGUCUUUGGCCCUGCUCCAGCUGCAAGGGGAGACAGUGUGUAUAAUGUCUUCCUGAAUCAGCUGCUGUAGGAUAUGUUUUUCUCUUGGGUCAGAGUCAUUCCACAGCUUAUAUGCUGUGAUAACAGGAAAGAGUGUUCUCAUCCAAGCACUGUGCUAGAAAUCUGGUUUGGUUAAGGGAAAACUUUUCUCUGAAAUUGGAGUUAAGACCCAAAUUGCUCUGAUCUGUCCAUAAAAUCUGCAAGCCACUUUAUUAUUUUCCGGAGAAUUUGGCCCCUUCCCUGUUUGCUCAGCUAGCCCUCUCUUAAUAUGCAUGCAAGCUCAAGUGCACUGAGCGCUGCUGCUCCUUUGCUACUGCAGUAUCUGAUAAGUGUGGGUUCAGGCAGUGAACCAACAUAGUAAUAAACUGUAAUUGUUUGGUGCACCUUGCCUUCUAAUACAAUUUAAAUCCCUUCUAUCAAAUGCAAAUUUCUAGGUUUCUGAGUGACGCUUUAAAUAGCAUUUUCUGUGCUCACUCCUUAUCUUUUGCCAUCCACAAAGUGGUCUGUUAGUGACAGUGGGAUGGUAUAAUUCCACCCCCGUCAUUUUACCUCCGAAAGGAAAUCUGCCUACUCAAAUCUAGAAAUAAUGGGCCAGAUUGAGUGAAUUAGUGUUUUUCUGUAGUCUGUCUCCUUGUCAUGCCCUCCCCAAGUUGCUACAACCAUGAGUAUUCUCACCAAAUCCUAGUCAGCAUCCAGUGUUGCUUGUAGCGUGCAAUCAGUGCAAUAUUUUAAUCACUUUCAUUUUAAUAGGUCGGAAUCUGCUUGCUAUUUGCGCCCUUCUCACAUUCCUACAAAUAACUUGGUAUAGUUUAGGAUCUUGGGGUGGCUUUAGACAAGCUAUCUGCCGGUGCUCAGUAGAAAUGCACAUCCUUUGUUGAGUAGUAGUGGCUUUGGAAAUAGACCUGUUGUGGAUUAAAGGCAAAAAUGUCAAACUCUGUAAUGAUUUGCCUUAUCUAAGACUUCAGCCAGAGGAAGGGAAGCUUAAAUUGGUCCACUGGGGACAAGAGGCAUAGGGAUGGCUGGAGUGAUGGGGUCAGGCAGGGGCAGCUUUGUAAGAUGGAUGGAUGGCAGUGUUUAUACUCCAAAUCUGGGCAGCUUGGAAGACAAUGAGGGUGUUCUUUAGAUUGUGCAUCACAUGUUUGAAUUUUACUGUUACUUUGGAGGCUACCAAAGUGGUGAAGGGAGAAAGAAAUCUACCUGUAGGUGUUGGGAAUCUAUUUUUUGGGUAAAAUAAGAGAACAUUCAGCUCUCCUCAGUAUUAAAUAGUCUUUUCCAGACUCCCUCUCAUUGUUAGCUCAGCUGUAAAAUGGGGAGUUUGUGCUCUGUUGAAGCUUAAUUAAAUGACUGUGAAGUGCUUUGGGAUCCUGAGGUGAACGUUACAGAAAUUAUUUUGUGGAAGCCUGGGUGAAAAGUCCCAUCUCAUCUCCAGGUUAGUAAAAGGCUUUAUUUUAAUUUUCCCAGGUUUAUUAUGUUUUAAUCAGACAAUUAUUAAGCAAGUCUUAAUCUUAUCAAGAUAGAAAUCUAUUAAAUCUAAGAGAUGGCUGAAAAAGAUAAUGAACUGCUUUACUACAUGUGCUUUUAGAAGCUAAUCUUUACAGUUGCUAUCCUACUCUGCUUCUGUCUCCUGCAUGAUCCGGGUUCAUCAGACUCAUGCAGAUUGCUCUCAUAAUUAUUUUUUUUUAAUACAGAUAUUUUUUUUGCCAUCCUGAUGUCUUAGUGCUGUCUGCUAUAUGCACUAAUGAGCACCACUAACAUCUAUCGCAUCACUUGUUCUUCUUUCCCAAGAGCGAGGGGUGCAAUGGUGUGUGCAACUCAACAGUGGAAAAGUUUGUGUGGCGUGCCAAAGGUCUGUUUGAAAAAGUCAGUUGGAAGGAAUCGCUGCUUGUUCAGUCCGUGUGCAAGGAAUAGCUUAUUAUAUAAUUCUGCUUUUCCUGAUUUUUAAGCUUGAAAGUGUUUUCUGAAACAUUGAACUAUGCAACAGAAUUCUUACCCUUUUAGCAGCGGUCACUUAACUGCGUCAGUCUUGUAAUGUGGAAUUUCUGGGUCAUAGGAAAGCCUACCGUGAUGUUAGUUACUUCAGUGGUUAUGGAGUGAUCCAUGUCAGAGUGCUGGGAGUAUCUCCAGAGAUUCGUGUAGUAGUCAAGGAAUUUGGGGAAACUUUCAAAUCAAUGAAACUUAGCUUCUUGGUUCCAGUGAAAACGACUGAAGCUGAGAGGAGACAGCACUUCUGUGGGUGGUCCUCACGAGCUACCGCACUGACAGAAGCGGUGUCUGGUGUAGGUGGUGGUGUCUGGUAGCAGCAGAUAACUGGUCUUUGCCUAAUUCCUCUCAGUUUCAACAGAUAAACCAGUGUUGUGAGAAGUGAUCGGGAACCCCUGACAGUUUACUGUGUAACAGAAAGAGGAAUAUUAAUCACAAGCCCCAUUGGUUGCAUUGAAUUCCAUGGAGAAAGCAGUAGAGACCAAGACAUCAUCAACCCAAGCCCUUAAAGGCUGAGGCUGUAGCUCCUUUUGUUACAGUGUUGGCUUGCCGAAGACGAGCAGUUUGUGCCCCGUUUGUCUUCAGUGAGAAAUUCUCUGAAGUGCGGUGGCGAUUUGGCUGGCUGGCAACAGAAAGGCCCUGUAAUGGGUCUCUGCGGGAUCUGUGUGGAGGUGGUGCUUCUCCUUGGUGCCUGGUGCCAUUCAGUUCCCGGGGAUUGCUUCUGACCUAGCUGAGAGCUCUCUGCAGCCUGAGAAGUGGUGACCUGAGCCUGCUUCUGGCCUCUUCAGGGAAAGGAGUUUGCUGUUGCGAAGCACCAUCCCUCUUGGUUUGUAAGAAUUUACUGAUCCUGAGGAGGCAGCACAAAACUUCUGUUCUGUGGUCAGGCAUUUGCAUAACCCUGUGGGGCUGACGCCGCUGAAGGAACAGAGCUUUGCACCAGCUGGGAGGCUGGAGAGCAGCGGUGACUGUGAGCGGUUUGAUGCGUGGCACGCCACGAAUUAUGCAUUUCUAUACCAUUACUUAUCAGUGUAUAAAAUAACCGGUGAAGCUUAUAAGUAACAAAAGCACCAUGUACGUCACUGAACGGUGGUGAAUUCUAAUGCUUCUAUUUGCAUUGUUACACUGACUUGAAUUUUUGAAUGUUUAGCGGAUUGUGUUGUUACUAAAACUAUAGUUGAACUAUUUCAUUCAGUACUCCAGUAGUAAACAUUUGCUAAAAGGUUGCUUUGUCUGCCUCCUUGUUUUCACCACAGUCAUCUAGUGUUUACGUACAUUUUAGCCUCUGUGCCAUUUUUGAAGGCUUUAUUUGUCUCAUUUACGGUUUUGGUUUGGAUAAUACUUAAAUAUGAAAUCCAUCUGGGAAACAUAUUGUAUAUUCACGUUGAGGGGUAAAACCAGUUUUUAAUUAAAAUUUUAUACAGCACUUGUA